AUCAUCUGUCAUUCUGUGAAAUCUGUCAGAUGUCACGUUUUGUUUACUUGUUGUUUGUUACAUGUGAUAAUUUCUCUCCAAAUUAAUGUUUAAUUGUUAUUAUUGUUACUAUUCGUGAAGUGUAAUCUGAAUGCUUACUUAAGGAACUUAAACGUUAAUAUAACACAAGCUCUAAGAUGCCGGAACAAUCGAGUAGUCGUAUAUUCACCGGGACCAGAGUUUUAGGUUAUGUUAGCACUCAUGUGCCAUUUGUUGCAAGAUAUAUUAAAAGACGAGGUGAAACCCUGCUUUGUACCAGUGUGGGCAAAUGGUUCCAUACAUACGGAUGCAACAAUUUUCGUCUGUUAACUGUUAGCGGAGUACACCCUGGUCAUAUAACAUGUAUGAGUGGAGACAAUUUCCAUGUUUACUCUGCCAGUGAGAAUAAUAUUUACGCCUGGAAACGUGGCUGUGAAUUGAAUCAUGUUUAUAAGGGACACAAUGCACCCGUACAUAUAUUAUUACCAUUCGCCAAUCAUUUGAUUUCUGUUGACAAAGACAAUAUUCUUAAAGUAUUUGAUAUAAAGAAUGAAUCGGAAUUUUUAGAAUUAAAUUUCGACAAAAAACAAUUCAAAAUAACCACAUUGUGUCAUCCACCGACAUACUUAAACAAGAUAUUGCUUGGCAGUCAACAAGGACAGCUUCAAUUAUGGAAUGUCCGUACAUCUAAAUUGGUGUACACAUUUAGUAAUUGGAAUUCUCCAGUAAAAGUUUUAGAACCUGCUCCGGCUGUUGAUGUUGUUGCUGUAGCACUGGCAAAUGGCAAAAUAUAUCUUCAUAAUUUGCGUUAUGAUCAGACAGUUGUUGAUUUUUCUCAUGAGUGGGGAAAGGUUAGCUGUUUGUCAUUUCGGUUAGAUGGAGCUCCAAUGAUGGUGACAGGAAGCACUGCUGGACAUAUUGUGAUGUGGGACUUAGAGGAGAAGAGAGUAUUGUCACAAGUUAAGAGUGCUCACUCCUCAGAAAUAGCUGGUCUUCAGUGUUUAAUGUCUGAACCAUUGAUGGUUACUAAUUCUGAAGAUAAUUCAUUGAAGUUGUGGAUAUUUGAUAUGCCAGAUGGUGGUGCAAGAUUAUUGAGAUUUAGAGGAGGACUUUCUUUACCUCCAACAUUGGUGCAGCACUGUGAACCUACAGGAGAAUAUCUUCUUGCUGCUGGAUCUGACAAAAGUCUUCAAAUUAUGAAUACUGUUACUGAAGUAUUAAAUAAAAGCAUGGGUAAAGCAUCAUAUGAUAGAAAAAAAGCAAAAAAGAAAAAAAGGUGGCAGGUGGACCAAUAUGCUUUACCACCUAUAGAAAAAUUAAGUUCAUGCAUGCAAAGAGAUAAACAGUGGGAUAGCAUUGCAUCACUACAUGCGGGUAUAGCUCUGGCUACUACAUGGUCUUAUCACAGGACUUGUAUGGGUGACCACAAACUUAAGCCUAAAGGACUUGAGAAAGGCACAAAAGCUACCUGCUUAAUUGUCACACACUGUGGAAAUUUUGUUAUUAUUGGAUAUAGUAAUGGUUCUGUACAUAAAUUUAAUAUGCAAUCUGGAAUACACAGAGGCGAUUAUGGUGCCAACAACAUUCCAGCACAUAAGGGUGCUGUCCGAGGUGUAGAGACAGAUCUUUGUAAUCAAAGAGUUAUCACAGCAGGCGCUGACGAUACACUUAAAUUUUGGUACUUCAAGGCAGCGACGACACCCUAUUACGUGAUGAGGUUAGAAGAAACUGUCAGUAUCACUAAAUGUCACAGAGAGAGUGGUUUAUUGGCCCUCGCAAAUGAAGAUUUUUCAAUUACUCUAGUAGAUAUAGAUACUACUACUGUUGUGAGGAAAUUUGAAGGCCAUACUAACAUUAUAAACGAUAUUGACUUCGAUUCGCAGAGUCGGUGGUUGAUUAGUACAUCUAUGGACUGUACUGUUUGUACCUGGGACAUACCGAGUGCGCAGCUUGUUGAUAUAUUUUCGGUCGAACGCCCUUGCACCUCUUUAAGUAUAUCACCAACAGGGGACUUUCUGGCCACGACUCAUGUUGGAGAAUUAGGAGUAUUUCUGUGGGCUAACAGACUUUUAUAUGAAAAAGUCUUCUUAAAACCCAUCGAUAGACUUUCUAUCGAUGUGCCAGUUCUACGGUUACCAACUACAGCUCCAGAGAAACCUGAUAUAGAUGACAUAGGAGUAUUAGAUAUCGGCGACGAACUAGAAUACAAGUCUCCUGAACAAAUUAGUGAAGAAUUAAUAACACUGUCAAAUCAAUCCACGUCUAAAUGGCUAAACCUUCUACAACUCGACAUCGUUAAAAAGAAAAACAAGCCCAAAACAUCUUUAACUAUACCCAAAUCGGCUCCAUUCUUUUUGCCUACGAUACCUAGUCUACAACUGGAAUUUGAUUUAGAUAAAGAAAGAAAUAAUAAUAGUGAUACAAAAUUAUUGAUACCUGAUGCCUUGUCUACCUUAACGGCAUUUGGUAAGAAAUUAGUAGGCUGCAAUAGUGACGAUGGUUAUAGAGAAUGCAUAGACAAAUUCAAAACUCUCGCUCCAGCUGCUAUUGAAGUUGAAGUGACGAGUAUGGCGCCGGACGCUGGGGGUUCCAUAGAAGUGAUGAAUCAAUUCCUUAUUAUGUUAAACACAAUGUUGACUACUAACAGAGAUUUUGAACUUGCACAAGCGUAUCUGGGUUUAUUUUUAAAGACACAUACUAAAAUUAUAUCUGAAAACGAAGACUUACGGAAUACUUUGACGUCGGUGGAAGAAACUAUCACGCAAGCGUGGCUUAAGUUAGAGAAUCAAUUGCUGUAUAAUAUUUGUGUUGUUAAAACUUUGAAAGAUAUGUAAUAAAAGAUGUGUAAUAC